CAGGAGGAGCAGGAGCGCGCACUGUGCUGUGCGACAGUGACAGGCACGUCAAGUGUUUCCAAGCGCUAAAGUGGACGAUAAGGAGGAUUUUUUUACCCCCCCCGCUGAGGAGUUUUGUCUCCGGUGCUUCACUAUCAUUAUUUGACGUAAGCGAUAUUAUAGGGCUUCCGUGUCAGCCAAACGGGGCGCGCGCGUGUUGGAUGGAUGGACAUGGAUGCACGGACGCACGGACAGCUGUGGAUCUAACCUCUUCCAUCCUCAAAGAAAAAACAAAAAAAAAAACUACCUGUAUCACAUUUCCUCUAACAUGGAUUGCUGGAUGUUCCAAAAAAGCAAUUCAACUUUAACUUUUUAAGGACAAACGUUCACAUUCACACACUCUCUAACUUUUUUUAUCUUGCGUACAUUCUGUGGCUUGAUUUUGAAUAUUAAUAAUAUAGCUAUUUUUGACUUGCUACACGUUAUUCUUUUAAGAAUCCAGAACCUCCCCCCCUCACUCUUCGAGGAGUUGUAGCGUAAAUCUCGUCGGCUCUCAUGGGAUUGAGGCAUUCGUCGCGUUGUUUGCUGCUACGGCGGAAGAUGGCGGAGGCGGACAGCUCGGAGCGGCAGCAGUCUGUCACAUCCCUCCUCUCCCAGUCUGCCCAGCCGUCCUCACUGCCUAAACCAGUGGUGCCUACUACCCACCAUGUGCCCUGUGUCCCCCACACGCCUCAUGUAGCGGCCCUGUCCACCUGUCCCGGCAGAGGCAAGAUUGCCAAGUUCCUCAGCCCGGAGGAAAUGACAUCACGGGACUACUACUUUGAUUCUUAUGCCCACUUUGGCAUCCAUGAGGAGAUGCUGAAAGACGAGGUGCGGACGCUCACCUACCGCAACGCCAUGUACCACAACAAGCACGUGUUCAAGGACAAGAUCGUCCUGGAUGUUGGCAGCGGGACGGGGAUCCUGUCUAUGUUCGCCGCCAACGCUGGCGCCAAGCACGUGUACGGGAUCGAAUGUUCGAGUAUAUCCGAAUAUUCAGAGAAGAUCAUCAAGUCCAAUCACCUGCACAACGUCAUUACCAUCUUCAAGGGCAAGGUGGAGGAGGUGGAGCUUCCCGUGGAGAAGGUGGACAUAAUCAUCUCAGAGUGGAUGGGCUACUGCCUCUUCUACGAGUCCAUGCUCAACACCGUCAUCUUUGCCAGGGACAAGUGGCUGAAACCCGGAGGCCUGAUGUUUCCCGACAGAGCCGCCCUCUACGUCGUCGCCAUCGAGGACCGGCAGUACAAGGACUUCAAGAUUCACUGGUGGGAAAAUGUGUACGGCUUCGACAUGAGCUGCAUUCGCAACGUGGCCAUCAAGGAGCCUCUGGUGGACGUGGUGGAUCCCAAGCAGGUGGUGACGAACACCUGCCUCCUCAAGGAAGUGGACAUCUACACUGUGAAGCCAGAGGACCUGUCCUUCACUUCAGCCUUCUGUCUGCAGGUGCAGCGCAACGACUACGUCCACGCCCUGGUCACGUACUUCAACAUCGAGUUCACCAAGUGUCACAAGAAGACCGGCUUUUCCACCGCUCCAGAUGCUCAGAGCACUCACUGGAAGCAGACAGUGUUCUACUUAGAGGAUUACUUAACUGUCAAGAAAGGAGAGGAGAUCUUUGGCAGUAUUGCCGUCAGGCCCAAUGAGAAGAAUGUGCGCGACCUGGAGUUCACCCUCGAGCUGGACUUUAAGGGACAACUAUGUGAGGCCGCCAUUUCCCACGACUACAAAAUGCGUUAGGUGCUCUGACGUGGAUGUUUCCUCGGCUCCUUUACUCUGGUGACACCUAAAAAGAGA